AAUGAUAGACACCAAAAAUUGUUUAACUGAUAGUACGGUGAGGUGUUUCACCACAUCGGGUUGGAAAUGACGGAACUGAGGAUAUUGUGUUUGUGGAUCUUCAACAUUACGUGGAUAUCUGGUCAAUAUCUUACUGGAGAGAAUAUCUGUGGAAAUGAAACAUUUAUGACAUGCUGCAAAGAUUAUGUACAAGUUGCAAACACAUGUGUGGAAUGCGAGUCCGGAUACUGGGGCUCUAACUGCUCCUCGCCCUGUCCACCUAAUCACUAUGGACGUAAAUGUAGCCAGAUAUGUGACUGUUCACCAUCCGAGUAUUGUGACAGAGGGCGUGGUUGUCUGUGUAAUGAGACCAGUCCAAACUGUACAAAUCCAGGUAUUGGUACAGGAUAUAGCCAAGCUAACAAAAGAUAUCUUGUGAAUGUUGUUCUACCUUGCCUGGUUUCAGCUAUAUUUAUUCUACUGAUCGGCAAUUCAAGCGUAAGAAUAAGGAACAAAUUAAAACUGAGAAGAGUUAAGAAAGAGAUACGGGAACUGGGAGAUAUUCCAGAGUUACACAUCGAUGGACCCUCCUCUUCUAGUGCUUUACAGACUCCGCGGACUGGAGAGCGUCAACCGGAAGACACAUAUGCUCACACGGCAUUUGGGAUUUACAACCAUGUAAGUCUGAGAGUACAAUACAGCAAAGAAUCUGUUUAUGAUACAGGGAAAAGACCGGAUACAGAUGAAUCUCCACCAUGUCCGGGACUACCUCCGGAUACGAUCUUUGAACAAGACGAGGAACCAGUUCAUGACACACAAAAAGAUAGUCAAUCAGAAUCUGAUGAUUCAGAAAACGAGUAAUUUGAUGUGAGUUACACAGGGCAAGUGUUAUGUAAUGUAAAGGAAUCAUCUGGACACAAAUCUUCGUUGAUAUCAAAUUCGAAUGUGGAUGAUGAAGACGUUUCUGAUUAUGUUAACUGGGAAAGUGCUCAACAGGAUUUUUUUUAUAGUAAUGAGGUGUAUUCUUGCAAUGAAGACGUAAUGUUGAAUAAACAGCAUUUAGGUGGGAAUUCCAGUGAAUGAAUUUGUAAUUGAAAACUCUAAGAUAAAAAUAAGUUAAAAAUUUGAAAGAAUAGAAGAUAAAUCUAAUGAAGUGGACAUACUCCGUCUGUAAUGAUAUAUUUAUUAUUAAAGAUGGGUGGUGUUACGGAAAUUAUUUGUAUAUGUACUGCAAUUAUUGUUUAUUUUUCUUGUCAGGAUGUCAUAAAUGAAGUAAAUAGUUUUUAAGGUAGGAUGAUGCACCUGAUGAUUUUUCCUGUACCAAUUCCUCAUAUAUAAAUAGAAACAUCUGCAAUAACCCUAUUUGUCGUUUAAUUUUCAAAUUUUUGUAAUUCAUAUUUUAAAGAUAAUUGAAUUUCAUCAAUUUUGAAUUCCAUACUCCAGAACUCCUCAUUUUGUCUUUUGAGUAAUCUCGGCUGAGAUUCGACUUGGCUGAAUAUUUGGACUGACGCCUUCACCGAAUCGCGGAGCAGUCCUUCAUAAUUCAUGUCUGGAAAUUUACUUUCAGCUUCGGCCGGUUCUAGCAAUUAAUAUGCACUUAGGUGACACGGCUAUUCACUUCAAAUAAGUUGCUUGACUAUUAAACCAAAUCUGUAUCACUAUAAAUGCUGCAUUACUUAACGUCAAAGUAUGUAAAUUGCAUAAAAUAAACUAUCAAUAAAUUUUCCGUUCAAAUGAUGAGUUCCAUGGCGCAAUAUUUUAACUCGCAAAAUUGAAGACUUCCAAUAGUUCGUUUUUUAACUUAGCGAUUUACAAGGCGGUACGUGGAGAUAGAUUGUAUCAGCAACUAGACAAUACAGACUAUAACAACUCUUCAAUUUCAGGAGAUAAAAUAUUGUGCCAUGGAAGUUAUCAUUCAAACAGAAAAUUUAGUGACUCUUUUCAUUUUAGGAUUUUCAUAUCUAAACAGUAAGCAAUGCACAAUUAAUAGUGAUAGAAAGUUAGUUUAACAGUCAAAUCACUUAUUUGAAGCGAACAGUAGUGUCACCCAAGUGCACAUUAAAACAAAAUAAAACGAAGCCCACAUAUUGAAUUAAAAUGGAUGAGUGUUAACACGCAAAUAAAUACUACACACAGUGAUACACACAGACACAAAAUACUACAUACAGCAAAACACUCAAAUAUAUACUACACAUAGAGCAAUGUACACAGAUAAUUAGAUUUAAUUAAUUGAUACACUUUAAUGGUGUUUCCGUCAUACAUCUUACAGCAUCUUCAAGUUAAUAAUAGGAUAAAGAUACUUACUUUGAUUUAUUACCUAGGGAAAUUAAAAAUAGAAAUAACAUUCAAUUCACAUGCAAAAUAAAAGCUCAUAUAUGAAAAUAUCGAAACUUGCAAAAUCUUACUUAUGAAAUGACUGAUAAUUUGGCAACAACUGAUUUCUUUUUGGUCGCUGGUAUUUCCAUGUGAAUCAUUUUUUCCCCUGAAUUACAAUAUAUGAAAUGUUUGUUAAUGUCUUUACACAUUAUGUUUACCUGCAAUUUUCAUCUGCAGACUGCAUCAUUACUGCAUGUUUCAUUAGCAACUGCUUCAAAUGCAACUCAUAUGUUUCCUUUAAGGUAGAAUGGAAUAUGCUAGGAAAGUUUGAAACAGCCUGUAUAUUAUUUACAGUGUACACUCUCUCCAAUACCGCAGCAAAUCAUACAUUGAAUUGAUGGUUAAAUAUUUAAUGUAUACAUUAAUACUACAUACAUGUACAUUUCAGUUACACUUCAAUAUAUUUCCUGUAAAUUCCAUAAACAAAUGAUUUUGAAAUAAAAUUUUAAUUGGAUGUAAACAAUUCCUUUACCUAGUUCUUCCUCAAAAAUGUCAAGUUCAACAAUUUACAUCCCUUCCUCAUACUGUUAUUAUGCAAAUAGCCCUUUAAAGUCAUCAUGCACAUCUUCAUCUACAUCAGACUGAUUCAUCUUCAUCACAGGCUCACAAUCUGACACAGAGGUAAAUGUGGUGCAGUCUACUUAAUGGAAACUUUUAGUGACUGUAAUAUUCAAUUUUAUAUGAUUUUGUAUUUUAGGUAACUAUUUACCUGAUUUAGAUGGUAUGUCAUUAAACUUGAAUAUAAGUGGUCAGGACCAAUGAAACAGGGUGUAUUGACAUGUAACACCCUAAUCUAUCAUGGCAUUCUCUCUUUCCUUUUAAAACAUAAGCAGAAUUGAAAUUCAUAUACAUGCAUGUACAAAAUAUAUCUUUAAAAAAAAACAAAAAAACACCAUACCACUAUUUCAUACAAAGUACUUUCAAUAGCCUAAUAAAGAUAAGGUUGCAGGCAUACAUGUAACAUUAUAUACAUGUAUGUAAUCCUUUCCUUACACGUGAUACAUGUAUGUAUAUUUUAAAAAUCCAAUUAAUUCAGUAAUGAUAUUGAUGAUAACCAUUAGUUUAUUCUAUAUAUAAUAAAAUGUUUGCUUGAAAUACACGGCAUUAUGAACUCA